UCGACCGCCUCGCGGCUCGCACGCGAGACGGCGCUCGGCCAGAUGGCGCUCGGCCGCCAGGGCGGCGCGGACGGCACUUCGGCGGGCUCGAUGCGCGUCGGCUUCACCUCCUCCGCGUCGGGCAUCGAGGGCAAGGCGCAGGCGGACUGGCGCGCCGUGCUCCGCGCCGCCGUCGCUGUGGCGUCCCCUCGCGCGGCGCACGUGAUCGACAUGCUCCCCGGCUGGGUGACCAAGUGCGUGGCCGGCUGGGCGCAGGGGUCCUUCUGGGGCUCGGCCGACGUUGAGGUGCAGGGGCGCAAGCUGCUCGCCCUCGAGAGGGAGGCCUUCGACGCCCUGACCGCCGGGCAGUCCAUGCUGGCGGAGCACACUGCGGCGGACGGCUCGUUCCACUGGUAGAGAGGCUGCGGGCGCGGCGCUGUGGCGCCCACCCUCCUUCACCCUUGCUCGCGUGGAGGCCCCCUCGCUCUUGGAGGCGGAGGGGCGAGCUGACACGCAGCAGGGUGUGUCUCGGUGUGAGAGAUCCGCUCACCCCCCGGCCCAUGCACACGAUAUACGGGGGGCAAGAUAUGCAUGAACACCAUGGAGUUGGAGAAGUUUUGUCUACU